UCCGCCUUCGCUCCCCCUCGGUGGUAUUGCGCAGGUUGGGGUGUUGUAGGGGACUGCAGCUUGCGUGGCUUCGUAACACAGCCGUAUCGCACAAUUGGCUGCUAGUCUUGUCUACAUUGUCUACUGAAGCACUGCAAAAUGCGUGAGUGCAUCUCCAUCCAUGUGGGCCAGGCGGGCGUCCAGAUGGGCAACGCCUGCUGGGAGCUGUACUGUCUGGAGCACGGCAUCCAGCCGGACGGCCAGAUGCCCUCCGACAAGACGGUCGGCGGCGGCGACGACAGCUUCAACACGUUCUUCGCCGAGACUGGCUCCGGCAAGCACGUGCCGCGCGCCGUGUUCGUCGACCUCGAGCCGUCCGUCAUCGACGAGGUGCGCACGGGCGCCUACCGUCAGCUGUUCCACCCGGAGCAGAUGAUCACCGGCAAGGAGGACGCGGCCAACAACUACGCGCGCGGCCACUACACGGUCGGCAAGGAGGUGGUGGACCUGGUGCUGGACCGCAUCCGCAAGCUGGCCGACCAGUGCACCGGCCUGCAGGGCUUCCUGGUGUUCCACUCGUUCGGCGGCGGCACCGGCUCCGGCUUCACGGCGCUCCUGCUGGAACGGCUCAGCGUCGACUACGGCAAGAAGUCGAAGCUCGAGUUCGCCGUGUACCCGGCGCCGCGCGUGUCCACGGCCGUGGUCGAGCCUUACAACUCGAUCCUGACCACGCACACCACGCUGGAGCACUCGGACUGCGCCUUCAUGGUCGACAACGAGGCCAUCUUCGACAUCUGUACGCGCAACCUGGACAUCGAGCGGCCGACCUACACCAACCUGAACCGGCUGAUCGGCCAGAUCGUCUCCUCCAUCACGUCCUCGCUGCGCUUCGACGGCGCCCUGAACGUCGACCUGACCGAGUUCCAGACGAACCUGGUGCCGUACCCGCGCAUCCACUUCCCGCUGGUCACGUACGCGCCGAUCAUCUCGGCCGAGAAGGCGCAGCACGAGCAGCUGUCUGUGGGCGAGAUCACCAACGCCUGCUUCGAGCCGGCCAACCAGAUGGUCAAGUGCGACCCGCGCCACGGCAAGUACAUGGCCUGCUGCAUGCUAUACCGCGGCGACGUCGUGCCCAAGGACGUCAACGCCGCCAUCGCCACCAUCAAGACCAAGCGCAGCAUCCAGUUCGUCGACUGGUGCCCGACCGGCUUCAAGGUGGGCAUCAACUACCAGCCGCCGACGGCCGUGCCCGGCGGCGACCUGGCCAAGGUGCCGCGCGCCGUCUGCAUGCUCUCCAACACCACCGCCAUCGCCGAGGCCUGGGCUCGGCUCGAUCACAAGUUCGAUCUGAUGUACGCCAAGCGCGCCUUUGUGCACUGGUACGUCGGCGAGGGCAUGGAGGAGGGCGAGUUCUCUGAGGCGCGCGAGGAUCUAGCCGCACUGGAGAAGGACUACGAGGAGGUUGGUCUGGACUCCGCCGAUGGGGAAGACGAGGAGAAUGAGGAAUACUGAGCAGCGAAGGAUCCUGCCGUCUUCCCUCCGUUGGGAGCUUCCGCCUGUAAGAACGUUUGUUUAUUUUUCGUAGUAUUUUUUCGAGGGAGCUUUUUGGGUUGCUAGCGGCUGAUUUGAUGCCAUCAGCUAUAUAAUCUAGUCCAGACUGUGAUUAUCGCGUCUGUGCCGAAGGAACUUUACUUUAUCGAAGGUUAUGCUGGGGUUCGUGCCGACCGCAUCCGUUACGCUGCUGGCGACACUUUCGAAGCUUUGAGUCCGCAUAUCAUGAGCAUGAGUCGUCCAUGCGAAUACUUCACUGACGUAGCCGCACUGUAGCUGUUAAACCCACGUCGUCGGGACGGAGUGGGACGAGUUCAGUCUCUUAACCCCAUCUCCGGAACAGACGUCUCCCCGCACGGGUUCGGGGUUCUUGCCCGUUGUGGCUCCCACCGAUCGCUGUACCUUGGCCAGGUUCCACUCACCGCCCGCGACCCUGGCCCGUCCCGGUCGCGGCUCCGACUCGUGUCUGGUGACUGUGCACGAGGCCAGCCGCGCCCGUACGUCCGGCUCGCGUGAUUGGAGCAGUGUCCGCGGCGUCCUGUAAAACGGACACGGGGCGCCAGGGCGCUUCGUGACGGUCUGCCAGCGCUUUCCACGUCGUGACGGGCGGGGUCGCCAGAAACUGCCGUGUCUCGUAGUCACUAUCUGCAGGGAUUGUAUGUGAAGGCAAAUCGCCACUGACAAAUUGUGUGAAAUAUAUAGCUUUUCAUCUG